GGCAGAGUAAGACUGGAGACACCGACUGGUACUUUGCCAGUGGUCCACUCACUCCACUGCGUUAUCAGGUUCACCAAUGUUGCUUAAUUUGGAAGUCCCGGAAGCUCAGGGUUAUCUGCGCGAUUGACUGACAGGGAGCCUGGGUGCAGCGCCAGACGUAGACGAAUCUCGCCCGGGAUAUUACAAAAGCGAAAUAAAACACUACGCCAGGAUUUGAUAGGGAACUAAAAUUGAAGGACCGUCACCAUGGAAACGCUAGUGCAGCGGCUGGAGCAGGCCGUGAUUCGUCUGGAGCAGGUGUCCGUCAACAUGCAGGUGUCCAAUGGCAUGGCCAAUGGGGAAUGUAAUGGGAUCAACGGAGGUCAGUCCCAGUGUAUGGAGGCCUUUGACCUGCUGCUGAUGGGGCCGUUGUCAGAGUACCUGAAGAAUAGCCGUGCCAUAGGAGAGGAUGUGGAGAAGCAUGCGGAGAUGGUGAACAACGCUCUGCAGCUUCAGAGAAGCUUCCUCAAAAUGGCCACCACACACCAGGAGCCUGCUCAGAUGGAGCUGUCUGACCUGCUGAAGCCUAUCUCAGAGAAGAUCCAGGAGAUUCAGAACUUCCGGGAGCGUAACCGUGGCAGCAGCCAAUUCAACCACCUAUCAGCUGUCAGCGAGAGCAUCCCGGCGCUGGGCUGGGUUGCUGUGAGCCAGAAGCCAGUUCCCUAUGUGAAGGAGAUGAAUGAUGCUGCCAUUUUCUACACUAACAGAGUUCUGAAAGACUAUAAAGACUCAGACAAGCGUCAUGUGGAGUGGGUGAGGUCCUACCUAUCCAUCUGGACUGAGCUUCAGGCCUUCAUUAAACAGCAUCACACAACAGGCCUGGUCUGGAGCAAGACUGGUCCCAUUGCGCCUCCCUCUCUGUUCGCCCCUGCCCCUGGCGGUCCCUGCCCCCCUCCCCCUCCACCACCUCCACCCCCUGGACCCCCACCAGUCUUCACAGGCGAACCGCCCCAGGCCGACAGCACCACGGCCCAGCAAUCAGCUCUCUUCGCCCAGCUGAACCAAGGAGAAGCCAUCACUAAAGGUAGCCAAGCCACCGUCACCCAGGGGUUGAAGAGCUCAGAUCCAACUGCAGAAGGGGGAGAGAGGGAGGGAGGGAAAAGGAGGAAGAGGAGGAGAAACAGAAGGAGGAAGGGAGGGAGAGUUGAAGAGGGAGGAUGUGGGUUGAAUCAACAGUUACAGAGUCCUGAGAGCACCACUGCCCAGCGCUCAGCCCUGUUCGUCCAGCUGAACCAGGGAGCUGACAUCACUAAAGCGUUAAAGCACGUCUCAAAGGACCAGAUGACCCAUAAGAACCCCGCCCUUCGCUCCCAGGGAGGAGAGCAUCACUCCUCCCCACCUAAGAGCCGAAACCCCGGAGGCUCCUCCAACAGAGCGCCUCCCCAGAAACGACCCCCCUUGCUGGAGCUGGAGGGGAAGAAAUGGAGGGUGGAGUACUUUGACCAGGCUCAUGACCUGGUUAUCGAGGAGACAGAGCUGAGACAGGUGGCCUAUGUCUUCGGGUGCAGCAACUCUACUCUACAGAUAAAGGGAAAGAUCAACUCCAUCAUUGUGGAUAACUGUAAGAAGCUUGGUCUGGUGUUUGACAACGUUGUUGGCAUUGUGGAAGUCAUCAACUCUAAGGACAUUCAGUUGCAGGUGAUGGGUAGAGUUCCCACCAUCUCCAUCAACAAGACAGAGGGCUGCCAAGUCUACCUGAGUAAGGACGCUCUGGACUGUGAGAUCGUCAGCGCCAAGAGCUCUGAGAUGAACAUCCUGGUACCGCAGGACGAUGAAUAUAGGGAGUUCCCAGUUCCUGAGCAGUUCAAGACGGUUUGGGACGGGUCCAAACUGGUGACAGAACCCACAGAGAUCGCUGGCUGAUCGCUGAUACUCCAUCCUCCUCCUCAUCUCUAUCACCCCCACUUAGUCUUCUUCCUCUCCUCCCUUUUCCCUCUACGUCAAAGAUUUCACAAACCCUUAUAGGCUGGCUAUUACAAGUAAUAGAAGGGAUCCUGUACCACACAAACCCUUAUAGGCUGGCUAUUACAAGUAAUAGAAGGGAUCCUGUACCACACAAACCCUUAUAGGCUGGCUAUUACAAGUAAUAGAAGGGAUCCUGUACCACACAAACCAGACACUGUAACUGACUAGCUAGUAGUACUGUAGGUUGAUUGUAAGCCUGAUCGUAUCCAUUAAGAUGACUUGUUAUUGGGGGGUUUUCAGCACUUUGAAAUGGUAGAUUGUUAUGGAACUGUUUGUUCAGCUUAUUUGUCGCACAGCACUCUCCUCCAAAAAACUACUGUACUAUCCAAAUAAUUAUAGUAGGUCUACUAUUUAAACAUGCAGGCAGUAUUUCUGUCAGGUUUCAUCAUGUGUAGAACUAGUUAAACUUCCAAACUAGUUAAAAAGGUGCAUUAAAAUUUGGAAUAAAGAGGAAGUGUAGCCAUUAUGUUAAUCUGUUAAAUUUGCUUGUGCAAAAUAAGGUAAGGUCUCUCAAACUAAACAAGUAUCUGGCAUCUCCACUUCCGUGUGUGCCAUAGCAAUACAAGCAUUUAUGGAAGUAGGCUAUGUGUACAUACAGGGACAAUAUAAUUACAUCUUUACAAAUGAAAUGCAGAAAAUGCAACCCUCAUAAGACAAACUAUUUAAUAAGCUACAUUAUGGAUGUGAAUUUUGAUUGGAGAGAACCUUCAGAUUCAGACCUCCUUGGCAUUCUAAUGUUGUUUUGUGCACUGUUGUGGUGAAUUUAUUUGAUUGAGGCAGGAAGUAUUGAAGCAUGAGGUCAAGUGUUGACUUUUGAUUUGAAUGAGAUGAAGAGAAUGAUGGAAUUGAACGGCCAGUUGGAGUAUGUUCCACAGGAUAUCUUAGCAUACACUGUUUUGGUUUGCUUUAAUACUCUACUAUACUCAACUAUUCACAUCUAGCUGUUCAGUCAAACAGUUGUAUCAUGUUUAUAUUGCAUGAUAGUGUUGUAGCACCGAGUUAACAUUAAAUAUAUAUUUUUUAUACUGAACAAAAACAUAAAUGCAACAUGCAACAAUUUCAAAGAUUUUACUGA